AUGCCUGUGGUCGCCUCCAUCACUAACGAAGUCAAGCUGCGAGUCUACCUAUCCGCAAUUCGCCCCAUCGUUACGUACGGUUCGGAAGCUUGGGCAAUACAGUCUACAUUGAUGGAAGAGCUUGAUUGUAUGGAAAGGAAGCUGUGUAGACGGUUGGUUGGCUACUUUUGGCUUAGAGUGUGCCACCAUGAAUAUCUUUACGCGGAAAUCGAUGUGGUGUGGCGGCGAAUCACAUGUGGAAGGCAUCAACAUCUUGCAUUGCCAUGGAAAGUGGCUACAGAAAAUCGCCUUCGCUUCUUUGGUCAUAUACCGAGGAGACCAGCAGAUCCAUUCGUUCAACAUGUUGUGAGGAGUUUGUCAGGUUCAACGGAAGUUCUCUACUGA